UCGGUUCGGGGUGACCCUGAGAUUUUUUUUGGGAAGUUAAUAAAACUUGGGAGACGAGAAUAUCCGAAAGAAAACACAACGAUUAAGCUAGUUGGGAUUGUCACUGGUGCAGAACACCUCUCAUGAUGACCAGAGAACUGCAGCUGGAAGAUGAAUUGCCAGACUGGGCUGGAGCCAAGGAAUUCUACCAGAAAUAUGAGCCCAAAGAGGUCAUCGGCAGGGGAGUGAGCAGCGUGGUGCGGCGCUGUGUUCACAAGCACACCGGGCAGGAGUACGCGGUGAAGAUUAUCGAGAUCACCCCCGAGAGGAUGAGCCCCCAGCAGCUGGACGAGGUCAGGAGCUCCACUAUGAAGGAGAUCGACGUGCUGAAGAAAGUGGCAGGACACGCCUCUAUCAUUUCCCUUAUCGAUUCCUAUGAAUCCUCCACCUUCAUAUUCCUUGUCUUUGAUCUAAUGAGGAGAGGGGAGCUGUUUGAUUACCUGACUGAGAAAGUGACUCUGAGCGAGAAAGAGACCAGGAGUAUGAUGCACGCGCUCCUGCAGGCGGUACUGUACCUCCACUCUCACAGCAUCGUGCACAGGGACCUGAAGCCAGAGAACAUCCUGCUGGACAACGAGGGCAACAUCAAGCUGUCCGACUUCGGAUUCUCCUGCCAGCUGCAGCCCGAUGAGAGACUCCGAGAGCUGUGUGGGACUCCCGGCUACCUGGCUCCAGAGAUCCUUCAGUGCUCCAUGGAUGAGACUCACCCUGGAUACAGCAAGGAGGUGGACCUCUGGGCGUGUGGGGUGAUCAUGUUCACUCUGCUCGCUGGCUCGCCCCCCUUCUGGCACCGGAAGCAGAUGCUGAUGUUGAGGAUGAUCAUGGAAGGGCGCUACAGCCUGGACACUCCAGAAUGGGCCGACCGCUCCGACAACGUCAAGGACCUGGUGUCUCGUCUCUUGGUAGUGGACCCGGCUCAACGCCUCAGCGCGGACCAGGCCCUCGCUCACGCCUUCUUCAGACGCUACGAGAGGGAGGAGGUUCGAACCUUCAGCCCCUACAGGAAAUUCAGGGUGCUGGCUCUCACAGUCCUGGCCUCGAUCCGGAUCUAUCACAGUUACCGUGGCGCGCGGCCCCUGACGAAGGAGGUCCUGGCGCGGGACCCCUACGCCCUGAAGGGGGUGCGCAAGCUGAUCGACGCAUGUGCCUUCCGAAUCUACGGGCACUGGGUGAAGAAGGGGGAGAGCCAGAACCGGGCGGCGCUGUUUGAAAACAGCCCCAAAGCUGUGCUGAUGUUGCUGGGGUCCGAGGAGCAGGCGAGCGAGGGGGUGUUCCUGAGCGUGGAGCCCGAGGCAGGGCCGAGGGCCGCUACUGGAGCUUCUGAUCGGAUACAUUCGCAUUUUUAAAACUGUUUUUUUUUUUUUUUUUUUUUUGUGUUUGUCUU